AUGGUCGAAAGAAGAAAGGAAAGUGGAUACGAUCUAAAAUUAGAAUACAUAGAAUAUGGGAAGAAAUUAUCCUACAUGACUGCUACCUUAUAUCCGAAUGAAGAACAAGGAGAAAACGCCGGCAAACGGAUGGAACCAACUGUAUUGUAUGUGGAAGGGCAAUUUCAGGAAACGCCGGGUGCAUCAAAAAGGAAUGCCAAAAUUCCGAGUGUGGUUAUUGAUGAGGAGAAUGCAAAACGCAUUGCUUAG